CGGGUGGCGGGGCCGAGCGCCCGGAGCCGAGCGGCGGCGCGGGCUCGCCAUGGCGUGGCCCUGCAUCAGCCGCCUCUGCUGCCUGGCGCGGCGCUGGAACCAGCUGGAUCGCUCCGACGUCGCGGUGCCACUGACCCUGCACAACUACUCGGACCUCCAGAGCGAGGAGCCGGGCCCGGGCGGCGCCGCCUCGGGCAGGGGCCCGUCCCCGGCAAGCGCCCGGGACCCAGGCUGGGAAGUGCCGCUCACUCAGUACCAGAGGGACUUCGGCGCGUGGCCGGCGCCCGCGGGGCCCAGAGAUGCGCUGCAGGGGCGCCGGGCGGGGGUGGGCAGCCGCAGAGGCAAGUCCCCCGCACCCCCUAGUCGGGGGGUCUACGUGCUCCCCAUCGGCGACGCGGACGCGGCUGCAGCAGCGACCACGUCGUACAGACAGGAAUUCCAGCCCUGGACAGGAGUGAAGCCGUCGAGAUCCACAAAGGCGAAACCUGCCACAGUCAUCACAACCCACAGCUCCCGAUGGGACGGUAGUCCUGCGGGCAGCUUCCAGGUCUCUGAAGUGAGGAAGAAGUUCGCUCCUAACCCCUCAGCCAUUUUUCAGGCGUCAGCUCCCCGGAUCCUCAACGUGUGACUGCCCACCUAGAGAGCGCCACGGGGUGGGUCAGCAACACUGCUGCCAGCCAGGGCACUGGGCUGAGGUCUCGGACCGGAUGCCCUCCUUUCUCACUGUCGGGCACCACUCCUCUCUAUGCGGCCUGCAGAGCUGCAGUCUGGAUGCAGAGCAGAGGCACACACGCCACGGGGCCACCCAGCUCCACUCUGCACUUCACCCACCCUCUUCCUCAAGAAGUGUGUGGAAGGCUUCUGAUCGUUUUGUCAUUGCCUCUUGGUCACUCUUCAGUUUUUAAAUCCGAAGAACUCGAGGAUCAAUUCUAUUGAGAACUGAAUUGGUCCAGGGGGGCUGAGAAAUAAGGACAUAACAAGUCCUUAAAAGAACCAGGCAUGUCCACUGGGUCGUUCUCCCAGACUGCAUGAUGAUUUUGUAACUCACGGUAACCCAAGGUAAUGUCCUUGGGAUGUUCCUGCAAAUGGCCCCCACGUUCAAGAUGUAGGCGAAAUGUUAGGUUAUCACCUGCAUGUGACUCAGGAUCAUGAUGAGUAACCUGGAAGAAGUUUCCAGAAGAAAGAGACUAUCCCAGGGUUCCAAUUUCAGAGGCAUAACUUCUUUAUGGCCAAGACGACCCUUAUGUUUUCACAAAACAUUUCUUGGGAAGAGUGCUUUAAGUAGUGAAUGAAUGAAUGCCACUUACCUUGUGGUAAGUUCCUGAACCCCACAUUUUGUUACUAAUUCCAGUUUUUUCCCUUAAUAUAUUGGCAACUAGAAAGGAACUGCCAUCCGCACUGGCUAAGCAUCGGGAGUGUUUUAAAGAAGGCAGCAUUAGCCGCAACCCCUGGAAGACCUUCAGACGUCCCCUCACCCCCGCCGGCUCUUACAGGGAGCUCACACUGCCUGUGGAGGAGGCAGCUCAUUUUCUUUGGAGAGCUCUCUCCUGACUUUCUCUAUAAAUUCUAGACAGUGCAGCCACAUGAACAAAUCUGGUCCCCUCUCCUUCAAACGUGGAGUUCAUGUCCCUUCUGAAAGGUCAGAAGCACAAGCUUAAGCCAGCUUUUGGUCAGGAAAUUCAAGGAUUUCCCUUUGGAUCUUUAUCCUGCUCCAGCCCACGAGUGGCUCCAGUCUGGUAAGCACUUACUUGAGCUGCAGGUGGUGGCGUAGGUGGUGUUCUGGUCUUAGCAACACCUCAGAGUGGAGGUGGGGCUGUUUCCAGGUCACGCUGCAAAGGGGAUUGUCCCCUCAGAGGUGCUAGCUCUGGCAGGCACAGCCCUUGCCCUCAUUCCAGCAAAGGAAAUGCUCUGGAUCAUUUUAAAGGGAAAACCAAAACCACAUGCUUACACAAAGGGUUCUAUUAUUUCAGACCCCAUUGGUUUGCGUGUUAGAUGUUUCUGAGAGAAGAGAGACUUCCUGCUGGGCAUUCUGUGGGAAAUGAACAGAUUAACCGUACAAUCUCAGAUUUUACUAAAAUGCAAAAAUGUACUGUUUCAA